GUUGCACGUUGUGCUGCCGUUCACUCGUUCGAUCAUGCUGUUCGAGGCGGGUGGUGGGAUCAGUCUUAUCGGUCGGAGACCAUAUGCUCAUAUGCAUGGGUUGCAUGCGGGCCCGGACUCCAUCAGCUCUGUUGCUUGUUAUCGCUGCUGCUGCCGGUUCUCAUUCUAUUCCCGUGUCCAAAUGUCGAUGCACGCGAUCGACGUCGGUGAUGGUGGGGAUGUCGUUGCUGUACAGCACGGACAGCUUUCGACGCCUACACAAUGGUUCACAACAACAUGAGGCGAUGGACAAUGGGCGUGAUGCCUCGGUCCCGCUCCUCGUGCGUCGCGCGAACAUAUCCUGGGAGGAAGCUGUUGUCUAGUUGUUUAUCCUUUCUCCUGGAUGCGUGGUCCUAUCGGUCGUUGUAGGGAUUCCCUGUGCUCCCACCCAUCAGUGGUCUUCUGCCUCGACCAGAGCACGUCGCGCGGCAACAUGCUUCUGCGUACCUUUGCACCAGUUCGUUGCCAAGGCUGAAGCUUA